GUGCACGGUCCCCGAAUUCCGAUGCACUCGAGCGCCCAAGCCAGAUCCCGAUUGCAAGUAACCCUACGCCACACCGCAGGCCACACCGAAUCGAUCUGCACCGAACGCCCGCCACCAAAUACCAUGCAGGCCCAAAAGCAGCAGCAGGCAGCAGCAUCCGAUAUUCCGAUCCCGGCAAAAACAAUUCUUCCAGAAAGAGAUUAUUUCCCCCCCAACCCAACCCAAUCCCGCUCCCGAAAUUCCCAAUCUUUUAAUCCGUGUUUUUCCUGCGGCCCGCCCCCUCGGAGCAGUAAUGAAGCGGAGGAGGAAAAGGAGAAAACGAAAAAGCGCCAGGAAAACAACGCACCAGCACCAGCAGGGAGCAGGCACACAUCAACUCAUCGACGACGCGUUACUACGCGAUCAGGAAAGGAUGCAGGCGAUGCGUGUGAUUACGAGCGGGUGAGCAAAAAUCCGAGGAGGAAAAGUCCGCGAGAAUCUCCAGGGCCGCCCUCCCCACGCCCGUCAAAAAUCCAAUCUUGACGCCUCCCUGGGCGCGCCCAGACUGUUCCAAAGUUUGUGCCCCUCUGCGAUGCGGGAUUGUUUGUUGUCAGUUGGUCGCCGCUGGUAAUGGGAUGAGCCCCGCCUGCCUGAUCCGCAGCUAAUCCCGUUUCUUGUUCGGGUUCUUGGGGAGAUCUUCUCUCGCUCUCGUCUGGAUUGCGCUUCGUGUGGUUGGUUGCUUCUGCUGUGUGUUUGGCUCGAUCGGGAUGGGGGCGUGGGCCGAUUCGCCACCACCACAUCUACGCCUCUUCUUUUUUAUUGCCUCCGCAGUGGGAUUUGCUUUCGCGUUGGUGUGAGCUAUUUCCGCAAAUCGUCUAGGGCUGGCCGAGGCGCCGUGCGUUCUCGCGCACUUUACUCUUCCUAUUCCCCCCCUUCGCCCCCGGAUCGAAUCCGCCGCUUCCCGGCCGCGUCCGGGCGUCGAUUCGAGCUGCGCCGCCGCCGAUUCCGCCGCAAAAUCGCGCCUUGGGUUUGUUCCAUGGUGGCGUGAGGCAGAUUUGGAGAGGAGGCGUUUCUCUUGUCUGGUCGCCGUCGGGGAGGCUCCGACCAGCCAGCCAUGUCGCAAAUCCAGAGCUUCUCGCGGAGCAACUGCGUGCUCCUCGCGGUGCUAUGUGGGAAGCACGCCGAGAAGCGUGUGACGGCAGCGAGGUCCGGGCCGGAGGCGAAGCGGCUGCGCCCGUCUUACCCGUUCCCUGAGCUUAGCUCGGCCGGCAGAUUGGAGGUGCACACUUUGUUCAAUCCUACACCCGAGCAGUUCCUCGAGGCGCAGCGAGUGGUGCAGCCCAACUUCUUGUACAUCCAGGGGCAGCAGCUUGAGGAUGAGAAGGAGAUUGGCUCGCUUGUGUGGGGUGAUGCCGAUGUCUCUGACCCGCAGGCGUUUAGCACUCUCAUUAGCCCACCUUUCCCCACGAUAGUAUAUCUGGAAGUUCCUAUUGGUGAAAAACUUGCACAAGCAGUUCAUUCAAAGGGGAUCCCUUAUGUAAUAUACUGGAGAAAUUCAUUCUCAUCUUAUGCAGCAUCUCAUUUUCGCCAUGCGUUGAUGUCAGUGAUUCAAAGUUCGGUGAGCCAUACAUGGGAUGCUUUCCAGCUUGCUCAUGCAUCCUUCCGUCUACAUUGUGUAAGAAACAAUCAUGUGCAAAGUGUUAAACUUGGUCCUCGUCUCCUGGGGGAUGCUCCAAAAAUAAAUAUAAGCCCACCUGAGACUGAGAUGGUUGAUGAAGAAGGUUCUUCUGAAGUGACCCCAGCUAUAAAAAUAUAUGAUGAAGAAAUAAACAUAAAAUUACUUCUCUGUGGAGUGCCAUGCACCUUGGAUCCUUGUUUAUUGGGCUCUUUAGAAGACGGUCUGAAUGCACUUCUGAAUAUUGAAAUUCGUGGGAGCAAACUGCAGAACCGAAUCAGUGCCUCUCCGCCACCUCUUGAAGCUGCAUCCUUACCACGUGGGAUGGUUACUAUGCGCUGUGAUAUCAGUACUUGCAGUUCUUCCCAUGUGUCACUUCUCGUUUCUGGUAGUGCACAAACUUGUUUUGAUGAUCAGCUUCUAGAGAGCCACAUAAAGAAUGAAAUAAUUGAGAAGAGCCAGCUAGUCCGUGCUCUCUCAAAUAAUGAGGAUAAGUUAUCAUCAAGUGAGCCUUUAACUUCCAUGUCCACGGCUUGUGGGGCUUCUACAUUUGAAGUUUGGAUGACACUACCUAAGUGGGCAGCGCAGGUUCUGAAGCAUCUAGCACCAGAAAUAUCAUACAGAAGCUUGGUUGCACUUGGAAUUGGUUCUAUAAAUGGUACUCCUGUUGCUUCAUUCGAGAGGCGAGAUGCAGACCGCCUUCUUUUCUUUUGCACAAGUCAGCGCAAAGAUUUGAUUAAUGAAAAUGGUCCAUAUUUUCAUCUGCCAAGAUGGUCAGCCUCGCUUACCAAAGACAGAACUAAGGCGGCUUCAGAAUCAAAACCAAAUUUGUUGGGUAGAAAUGGAGUUUUAGAAGACAAGAAACGUCUGAUGGAAGGGCCUUCCUCGUUCCCAUCCUUCAAGGCUAAAUUGAAACCUGCAACUAUGAGGCCCAUUCCUCAUUCUCGAAAGCAACAAAUGCAUCCUUUCAUGGGUUUACCUGAAACUGCGCUUCAUGAUACUAGUCUGGUUAAGCCAAGCUUGCCAGUUGCGCCACCUGUGAAGCAUAGUUUAGUAUCUUCUGCCCCAACCACACAUAGAAAAUCAACAUCAGGGCCAUCUCAUACUCCAUCAGUCAUUCAAUUGAAUCCUCUGCCAAUGAAGAAACAUGGAUGUGAUAGGUUGCCCAUCCAAGUAUGCUCUGAGGAGGACUUCUUGAAGGAUGUUAUGCAGUUUUUAAUUCAGCGGGGCCACAAUCGACUUGUACCUCAUGGAGGACUUGCUGAAUUUCCUGAUGCAAUCCUUAAUGCCAAACGCCUUGAUCUCUAUAACUUGUACAAAGAGGUGGUAUCUAGAGGUGGAUUUUAUGUGGGCAAUGGCAUAAACUGGAAGGGUCAAGUAUUCUCAAAGAUGCGCAACCAUACUGCAACAAAUAGAAUGACUGGUGUAGGGAACACAUUGAAAAGGCAUUAUGAGACAUAUUUGUUGGAAUAUGAGUUGGCGCAUGAUGAUGUGGAUGGUGAAUGCUGCUUACUUUGUCACAGUAGCGCACCUGGUGAUUGGGUGAACUGUGGUUUAUGUGGUGAAUGGGCCCACUUUGGUUGCGACAGACGACAAGGGCUAGGCACUUUCAAGGAUUACGCGAAGACAGAUGGAUUGGAAUACAUCUGCCCCCAUUGUAGUCUAGCAAACUACAAGAAGAAGCCGCCGCCGCCAAAAGUAGCUAAUGGUUUUGCUAAUACAGCAUCUGUAUCUCGAAAUGUUUAAUUUUCAUCUUAGUUUUCUUUUCUUUUUUGGCCCCAUGUUGGGGGGGGGGGGGGGGGAGGGGAAGAGUCAUUAGAGUAGAGAAUAGGCUGAUGGAAAGAGAGGGGAGAGGGCCUUGAAGGUAUGUAGUAUUUGAUCUGUAUCAUCCCAUUAAUUUAGUGGUUAUGAGGUUUAUAUAGCAUGUAACAACUGACAACACAGACAAGUUCCUACAGUACCGUUGGUUAGAUGUGGUAAGCUGUCUAUACAAGUCUUGCUGUGUUUAUAUUGAUGCAGCACUUGUUUUCUUUC